AUUUAAUAAAAACGCGUUAUUAGCUUUUCCGAACUGCCUAAAAAUGUUUAACGCUCGGAUAUUUCGCUUAGUGCACGACAAGCGACUGAGCGUGCCCUUCCUGCGCUGUUUUCAUCACGAAUUCUCAAAGCCCGACCCACAAUUGCCAAGCAAAGAGGCAACAAAUCAGAAGCAACUUAGCCAGAAAAGGGAACCCUUAGUUACCGGCGCUGUCAAACAAAAAUACAAAGUCUUUCGCGAUGAUGAAGCCGUCGAAAUUUUUGAUGUGGAAGAGGCACGUGUCCGUUACCAGGAGCUGGAGCACCAACAGACACAAGAAGAAGAAGAAGAAUCGGGACCAGACCAGUAUUACGGUCUGAGCUUACAGAGGGGCAUUCGUGGUGUCUUUGACGUAGAAGAUCUUGUGGAGCUGCUGCGCAAGGAACAUGUGGAUGACAUCUUUGUUUGUUAUGUGCCCGAGGACCUUAAAUACGUUGACCACAUGGUCGUUUGCAGUGCCCGAAGCUAUCGGCACAUGUUGGCCACCGCAGAGUUUGUUCGUCGCAUGUUCAAAAUUAAGCGCAACAAGAACGACAUUCUGCCUCGCAUCGAGGGGGAAAAGAGUCGCGACUGGAUGGCCAUGGACUUGGGAAAUAUAGCGCUGCACAUUUUCUCGCCAAAGGCACGCGAAGAAUAUGAUUUGGAAUCACUGUGGGCCAUCGGUUCGCAAUACGAUCAUGAGAGCCAACAGCCUCAAAAUCCAUAUGCUGAUAUGUUCCGACACCAAGACAUAUUGCAGCCGGAACAGCCGCCCAAGAGUGACCCCUAAAACCAAUACUGUUUGCAUGUAUCUAAUAAAAAUCGCUUAAUAAGUCUGUUCUAAUUUUUUGAAAUUGAAAUAAAACUAGAGGUGUUCAUUUCA